GCAGCCCCCACAGGCACACCAAGUCUCCCCCACACUCCACUUUGAUUAUAAUCUUAUAGCUGUGUCUCGUUUUUUAGAGUGUUCAUCAAUCUCCAUCUUUCUUUCUCUCUCCUCUUUUUCUUCAAUUCAUCUCUCUCUCUUUCUUUUUUCCCCCUUUUCUCUUUCAACUCAAAUCUCUUCGCAAAUCCCUCCAUCAAUUUACUCGCUGGAUAUCUCUCUGCCUCAGAUCUACUUUCUCCUCUCUCCUCAGGUGAUUGGGUGAAAAUUUGUAUCAGAAUUUGCAGAAUCAGACUUUGAAGGGUCUGGAACUAAAACUGUAAAUAGUUCUGGUGCCCAGAUGAGAAGAACUGAUGUUAUUAGCAGUCGAAGGAGGGGGGUUUUUCUCUUCUUCAGCUACUGGGUAUAGCAAGGGUCUGACCCUUUUACUCUUGGGUCAGAAGAGUGAUGAUAAGCACAUGAAAGUUGCACCUUGGAAUCAAUACCAGUUGGUGGACCAGGAAACUGAAAGUAACCUCCAGCUGGCUUCUGGAAAGAAUAGACUUUCCCGCGGGUGCGCUACCUUUGUCUGUUUUGGUCGCGCUUCCGCAGGACUUGAUGGGCAGUCGCCUCUUAAAGUAGGUCCUACCCAGCCACAGGAUAUUUUGCUGAGUGGUCCUGCAAACGAUAGGGAAAAGGAACAGACUCAACAGAGCACUGUUGUUGACGAUGAUAACAAUGCUAGAAAUAUCACCCUCAAGAGUAGCCUGAAGAAGCCAUUGCAUAAUACUUCACAAACUACUAAAAACGAUGAUGAGCAGCAGCCCCUGGCUGAAGAGGAUAGUGAUCUCUCUGGACACACAGAAACGAGAAAAGUGCAGUGGACAGAUGCAUGUGGGAAAGAGCUUGCAGAGAUCAGGGAAUUUGAGCUCAGUGAACAUGGCGAUUCAGAUGACGAGUUUGUCAAUGGAAAUGGGAAGACUUGUUCUUGCAGGAUAAUGUAAUUUGGGCUUGUAAAAGCCACUUGAUUGAAUCAAAAUCAAGCAUUGUGGAAGGGCAUUAGAUUGGGCUAUUUUUGUGUGCUUAGCUGCUGUGAAUCAAGCAUAUUUGGAUUUACUGAGUGCUGUUGCCCAUUUUUCGCCUGCUGAGUGAGUGGAAAACUAGAGCGAGGUGCUUGAGGUUUCGAGUGUGUUUUGAUAUGAGUACAGCCAUCUGCUAAGAUCUGGCAUUCGGAUGCCUCUACUGGCUGAUUCACUUUGUUAAUAUCUUGUCAAUUUUGUUUCAUUGAGUGGACCGUCAGAUUGAAUUUUUUGUCAUCUCUUUCAAUCAUUUUUUCUUCCCUCUUCACCUCUACUGCUUCUCCCCCAUUACCCAUUCUUUUUUUGUUUGGGUUACUAGAUCAUGUCCUUUUCCUAUUUCAUGACUCAGUAUUUAUUGCUGUGAUUAAAGUGUUCUUGCAUUCAAUCAUAUUUAUGCCGCUUACAAGCC